AUGACGACGCUGAGGGGUACCACAUCCUUUACAGAGUCGGUGGCGUCUAUCCUCGGGCAGCGCAAGGAUGAGCUCCAGUACGUGGGCUGGGUCGCCGAACUGGUCAAGAAGAAGGCCGAGGAACGCGUCGUGGUCGUGGGCAAGUGGCGCAUCUACUUCUUCUCCCUCGUCAAAGGAGCUGCCAAGCUCCUGAGGGACGCUCAUCUGCUCGAGCUCAAGGAGAUCAAGUCGACCGACUCCACAACCCUGGUGGAGCUGGUGUUCAAGACCUUCUCGGUCCCGCUGGGCAACUGCGCGGCUGACGAUCUCAUCACGGCCAUCCGUCAGUCGUACGAGGACGUCUUCUUCAACCUCCCGCCCGCCAUCAAAUGCAAGCUCAACGUCACCCCCGAGUCGCGCCUUCGUGACGUCGAAGGCCCCGCGCAAGCCACGUUGGCCAAGAACUGCGGUGGCUUCUCGGGCACGUACCAGGCCCUGUGCGACUUCUACGGCAUUCCGGUCCGAGCCGACAUUUGCUGGGACAUGGACAACCUGCUGCCCGCCAACCACGUCAAGAAGUUCAACAUGAAGGAGUUCGAACAGCCUGUCACACCCAACGAACUGAAGGCCCUGGUGGACACCCUCCACUUCAACAACUACUUCAUCGGCUUCGUCGCCAGGGACUACCGCCUGGACAAGGACUCCAUGAAGGUGCUCACCGACAUGAUCGGCGUCAACACCAAGAUGGAGGAGCUCGCCAUCGCCAAGAACAGGAACAGCGCCCUCACCAGCAUCGACUGGUCCAACAACCUCAUCAAGGACGCCGGCGUUGCCGCACUCGCCGCUGCGGUGGCGUCGAUGGGCCACGGGCUCACGAGCAUCUCGCUCAAGGGCGGUGACGCCACCAAAAAGGGCACCGUCGCGCUGUGCACGGCCUUCAAGAAGAACGUGGAGAUGUCCCGCACCCUGACCGUGCUCAACCUUGCCGGCAACAAGCUCGACAGCGAUGGCACGUCUGCGCUGGCUGCGUUCGUGUCGGGACCCAACGCCCUGCAGACCCUCAACAUCUCCGGCACCGCCGCCAACCUCGAGAUGCUCCUCCCCGCCGUCAUGCGCGGAUGCACGGAGCUGGAGAAGUUCAACAUCUCACACAACAAGGUGACGGCCAAGACUGGUCCGGAGCUGAAGAAGUUCCUCCAGAGCUGCGGUCGGCUCAGCGAGCUGCACAUGCGCGACACCGCGGUGCCCGUGCAGGUCGUGCGUGAUGUCAUCAAGGCCAUCAUCGGCAACAACUUCAUCACCGACUUCCAGCUCGACCUCGCCGCCAACAAGCUCGGUGUCUUGGGCGCGAACAUGCUGGCUGGUCUCGCCGCGGAGAUCACCACCAUCAAGAGCCUGGACCUCACCGACAACGACUUCGGCGACGAGGGCAUGUCCAUUAUCGCCGACGGCCUGUGCCACAACUCCUCGCUCCGGGAGCUGCACCUGGGUGACAACUGGACGCGCAACAAGACCAAGGCCCGCAGCCAGGCCGUCGACAACCUCAUCGAGCUGAUCUCGUCCGAGUGUCCGCUGCACAAGCUGGACCUGUCGUGCAAGGUGGCCGACAACCAGAUCAAGACGGACAUCCUGCCCUUCAUCUACUCCCUCGCCACCAACGACACCCUCAAGGAGCUCGACAUCUCCGGCAACGCCAUGGGCGACAAGGGUGGCAUUGCCCUGGGCAAGGCCUUCCAGAUCAACCGCACCCUCAAGUCCCUCAUUUGGGACCGCAACGGCACCCGCUACGCCGGCUUCCUGGGCCUCAAGAACGGUCUGGAGCGGAACAACGUGCUGGUGAACAUGCCGGUGCCGGUGUUCGACAUCUCGGACCUGCUCAAGAACGAGAAGCCCGAGAGCGCGCUGCAGGUGCAGCAGGUGGUGCUCCACAUCUCCGAGUACAUCGCACGCAACCAGUCCCCCAAGUCCAAGUUCGCCCAGGGCGAGGACUUCUCCCAGCACAUCUCCCUCAUGGGCACGGGCGCGCAGGAGGAGGUGCAGAAGCUGCGUCAGCGCAUCAGGGCGGGCCAGGAGGAGUUCACGCCCGGCCAGGCCGCCGUGCUCAAGGACGCCGAGGAGAACGACAACCGCAUCGCCGCCAUGCAGAGGAUCCAGGACGAGGUGCAGCAGGCCCUCGCCGACGAGGUGGCCUCCAAGCUGGGCCAGUUCGCCAGCCAGCUGGUGCCCUUCCUGGCCAGCACCCACGACCAGCUCAUCGACCGCGUCGUCGACCAGGUCAAGGAAUACAAGGGUUUCGAGAAGAGCGCGGUGGAGAAGCUGAAGAUGGACCUCAAGGAGAACGCCAAGACGUCGCUCUCCAAGGACGCCAUCAACAAGAUCCUCGCCAAGUCGGCGGCGAGCGAGAUCACGAGCGAGAUGACGCAGGGCUUCGUGUCGUCGGUGAGCCUCACGGUCGACUUCGUGUUCGACUCCCUCCUCGACAAGCUCGACUCCAUCUACUACUCCCAGAAGGGCGGCGCCCCGACCCCGAGGAGCCAGGUCGAAAGCGCCGAGAGCUUGCCAGAGACGAGCACGGCGGACGACACUCCGUCAGAGGCGUCCGAGGAGGAGCCCAACCUCGCGUCGGAGUCGUCUGAGACCUCCGACCUCCCCACCACCACCGACGCCGCCGCCGCCGCCGAAGAGGCCGAGCCGGCGGUCAGCGUGCCGGCGCGACCGACCGGCGUGCCGAUGGGCGGCGUGGCGCUGCCCUUCGGGGCCAUGCGCACGGGCAUGCCCGCCAUGCCAAUGGGCGGCGUCGUGCUGCGCCCCACGGGCAGCCCGCUCUCCCAGUCGGCCACCGACCGACCCAAGCCCGUCCCGCCUCCUCGUGGAGCCAAGCCGGCGCCGCCGCCGCGCACGGCCAAGCCGCUGUCGUUCUCACAGCAGCCUGUGUUGAUGCCGAAGCCGGAGCUGCAGCCGACCACGCCGACAAAGCCGGCGGCGGAGCCGGUCACGCCCGUCAAGAAGCCCGAAAAGGAGGUCAAGAAGAACGACACGCCCGCCAAGAAGCCCGAAAAGGACUCCAAGAAGCCCGAGAAGCCCGCCAAGUCGCCCAAGAAGCCUGAGAAGUCGCUCGCCAAGUCCAAGGAGCCCGAACCCGCCUCGGCGGACAUGACGGAGCUGGAGGCGGCUGAGUCGAAUCUGACGCACAUGACGAAGGAUCGGCCAAUGGGACCCCAGCGGAGGCGACCUCAGCGCAAGCCCCAACGCAGGCCCAUGAUGAGCACCGCCGACUAG